UGAAUCACCAGGAACACUUUAUAAUCUCUGGGCUGUCUUUCAAGGCCAUGCAGUUCACGACUCAGUAUUCUGACCCCUAACUAUUUACAGAAAUCAUUCUCACCAUCUCACUCCAGCGCUCUUGACCCGGAGCCAUUCUUUGCUUUUUCAGAAAGCAAAUGGGAUUAAAGUCCAGGGCUGGGACUUCCUUCUUGGAGUGUUUGACAAGGACUGACGUACUCUAGGCCCUUUGAAUCCCGGAAGUCCAGGACACACCCAGCUUUGGGUGCAGCAUCCUGAAUGCCGGAGUGUAGGUACAAGGACUGAAGCAAACAGCAUUUCACCAUGAGGGACCCACUGACAGACAGUUCGAUCCCAAUCCUCAUUUCAGCUUUUUUGGACAAGAAAGCUAGUCUGUGGUCCAGAGUUGCUGUGGCAGCUGUCCCUCCAGCUCACCGUUCCCAGCCUGCUCCUCCCUUAUCCAGUAUAAUAAAGUAUACAAGAACCUGAAGGAGUUUUCUCAAAAUGGAGAAGAUUUCUGCAAGCAGAUCACAUCCAUUCUUCAGCAAAGGGCAAAUCUGGAGAUUAAUUAUGCCAAAGGACUUCAGAAACUGGCAACCAAGCUAAGCAAAACAUUACAGAGCGCAAAGAAAAACUGUCUUGUCAGUGCCUGGGCCUGGGUCUCGGAGGGCAUGAAGUCUGCAGGGGACCUGCAUCAAAAACUUGGCAAAGCAAUUGAGUUGGAAGCAAUAAAACCAGCUCAUCAAGUCCUGAGUGCACAUGAAAAAAAGAGAAAAUCACUUGAAAACGAAGUUGAGAAGACAGCAAAUCUUGUCAUUAGCAACUGGAAUCAACAAAUUAAGGCCAAGAAGAAAUUGAUGGUUAGCACCAAGAAGCAUGAAGCACUUUUCCAUCUUGUAGAAAGCUCCAAGCAGAUUACAACAGAGAAGGAGAAGCAGAAGAUACAUGGCUCAUUACACUUGAUGUGCAAAACCAACCAUGUCCUGAGUAUACCAUACAUCAGAGCUGCGGGACAGUUGAAUGGCCAGCAUGUGAACUGGAAUAAUAAACUCCUCAAUAAACUGAAAAAAUCAACUGAGAAGUUAUCGAAAGAAGAUGAAAAUUACUACCAAAAAAACGUGGCAAGCUGUUCUACCAGACUGAAAUGGGAGAACACACUGGAAAAUUGCUUCCAGAGCAUCCUGGAGCUGGAGAAGGAAAGAAUUCAACUCUUAUGUAAUAACUUAAACCAGUACUCCCAACAUAUUUCUGUUUUUGGCCAAACCUUGACCACAUGCCACACGCAGAUUCACUGUGCCAUCAGCAAGAUAGACAUCGAAAAAGAUAUCCAGGCUCUCAUGGAAGAAACCACAGUCUCAUCGACAGAAAAUAAAUCCGAGUUCCUAUUAACUGACUACUUUGAAGAAGAUCCUAAAAAUGCAAUGAGUAAAGAGCGACAGACAUCUUCAAUAAAAUCAAAACUGUUGAGACUGCAGAAAGAUAUUGAAAAAGCCUCGCGAGACCAAGAAGGCUUGGAACGAAUGCUGAGAGCCUACUCCAGCCACUCCUCCUUCUCAGACUCAGAGAGCGAAAAAAGCACAGCAGCCUUAAUGGAUGAGAAUAGCUUGAAACUAGACCUUCUGCAAGCAAACUCCUAUAAACUGUCAUCUGUGUUAGCAGACCUUGAGCAAAGACCUCAACCCAACCAUCCCUGUAGUAACUCCAUCUUCAAGUGGAAAGAAAAGCAGCAGACACAUAGUUCUGUAAAAAUAUCUCGGCCUGUUCUGACGAAGAGAUUAGAGAAUGUUGUGAACAGGGCAUCUUCUGAUGGGCAGAGAAUUCCAAGUCCUUCGUCUACAGCCUCCGGUGUGACCCAGCUCGGCAAUGGUCUUUGCAAGGCCUUAUAUCCUUUUCAGGCCAGGCAAGAUGAUGAACUGGACUUGGAAAAAGGCGACAUCGUGACGAUACACAAGAAGAAAGAUGAAGGAUGGUGGUUUGGCUCUUUAAAGGGAAAAAAGGGUCAUUUUCCUGCUGCUUAUGUGGAGGAGCUUCCUUCAAAUGCCGGGGACACAGCUUCACAAGCAUGAGCGAAAUUCUGAAGGCAUCAUCUUACACACUAUUAAUUAUACAAUGUGAUGCAAAUAAAGGGAAAUGCUGUCGCUUUCACAAA